GAGAGGGAGAGUGAGAGAGAAAUGGUGGGAGGGAGAGGGAGCACUGUGCCGAGUAUUCACUCCAGAUCUUGGGGAUUUUUGAGUCUCUCGCUGCGGAAUGUCUUUUCUCUACUUUUGAAGUGAGUGUAGGCUUUAACUCAGUAAAUCACCACUUAUUCACUCGGGCAGAUUGCCUCUCUCACAAACCCGACUCUCUGGAUGGAGAGACAUUGCUCCUGCAGCUGGAAAAUGAAGGUGCUGUGUUUGAACUUUGCCAUCACCUGUCUGUGGCUUCUCCCCUCAGCGGUCCAAGAAACGGCCAAACCCCUGGACUUUCAGAACCAACAAUGGGGGGAGGAGGAGGGAGGAAGAGGAGACGCUGUGGGAGCUGCGCUGAAGGUUAAACAUAUCUCCAAAGAUUUACAGAUCAUCUCCACCAAACAAAAAACACCUGCUUACGGCUCGCUCGGCCCGUACGGUUGGCCGCAGAACUUCUCCCAGGCCCUGGAUCAGUAUCUGUACCGUCCUCCUCCCAAAUCUAAACCUCCUGCUAAAACAUCCCCAAAGGCCAAGAAGAUCCUGGGCUGGGGCGAUUUUUACUUCCAUGUGAAAACAGUGAAGUUCAGCCUCCUGGUGACGGGGAAAAUCGUGGACCACAUCAAUGGGACUUUUGGAGUCUACUUCCGCCACAACUCCUCCCGUCUGGGGAACAUAUCGGUCAGCAUUGUCCCACCCUCCAAAGCCGUGGGAUGGGAAGUUCUGGAUCCCACGUCUCAGAGCACUCACACCAAAAACUCAGUCCUGGUUCCAGAUGUGACGUCCCAGUUCCAGAGCCCCCCACAGUCCACCAGCUCCACCCCUACUACCGACCAGCAGAAGCAGCAGCAGGAUGUGAUGAUGGUGACCGAACUCAACUGCCGGAUCGAGUACCAGAGAACCAACCGGUCCAAGAAGACCAAGCCCUGCAUGUACGACCCAGGGCAGACCUGCUACUCAGAAAACACCCAGUCCCACGCAGCCUGGAUCUGUGCCAAACCCUUUAAGGUUAUAUGCAUCUUCAUUGCCUUCACCGGCACCGAUUACAGGCUGGUGCAGAAAAUUUGUCCAGACCACAACUUUCAGACAGAGCAGAACCAGCAGCACUUUGGAUGACAGACUCUGUGAGGCUGAAACUGAGACGUCCAACAUUGACUUUUCACACAUCCUUCAAAAUCAUGAGUUCAGUUUUCAAAAUUGGUUUGAAAUUGACUGUUUUUAUAAGCCGUUAAAAACACAUUUUAACAUGUCAGCGAGUGCAGUUUGUGUUUAUAGCAGAACAUGUUUACGAUGAGUUUUAGAAUGUGAGCUUUGUGUUGUUUGAAAUUACACUCACCCACUGAAGAAAAGCUCCAUGUUGUCUUUAAAAAAAAGCAGUGACUUGACUCAUGAGAUCACUUUGUGUGUAGUGUUUUAUGAACUUUGUUUUUCUGAAUAUGCAUCAAUAGAUGUGAAGACUUUAAACCCAAAAAAUAGCUAUUCACUAUUUAAAGAAUGUGAUUUCUUGGCUCAUUAAUAAAACAAAACAGAUACGUCUUUA